AUUAGAAGCUUACGUCGCAAUGGCUGCGGAAGAAAGCGUGCCAGAUGGCAGAGUGGUUGAACAAACACCCGAAGGCACUGCAGGAGAGCACGGCUUCUCCGUUGAAGUAUUACAAGUUGUAAAGGAUGCUCAACAGCAGCAUGGGUUACGACAUGGAGAUUACCAGCGUUACAGGGGCUACUGUAGUAGAAGGCUGAGGAGGAUCAGAAAGUCUCUGCACUUUAUGCAAGGAGACAAAAGGAGGGUGCAGCCUAAGAAGAUUACAGAAGAAAACAUGACUGAUACAAAAUUUUUGUAUCUCCCAUUAAUGUCUGCAGAGCGGUGCUGGAGCUAUGCUAUGCAACUGAAGGCAGAGUCCAAUACAGAACCAAGGAAAAAGUUCCACAUGGUUUCUAAGCUGAGAAAAGGAGUGCAGUAUGCUGAUGAACUGGCUGGUUUAUGUAACAGUGAUAAAUGUGAUGCUAGGACAAAGUUAGAAGCUCAGGCUUAUAGUGCAUGGAUGAAGGCAACGCUCAUGUUUGAGCUUGGAAGAUGGAAAGAAUCCAUAGAACUAUAUGGAAAGGCAAAAACCAUCUACGAGAAGCUGAGUACAGCUUUCAGUGAUGAUGUCCAGGCUUUGUACAAGCAGAGGGUAGAUGAGAUAGCUCCUAACAUCCGCUACUGUGCCUACAACAUAGGAGAUGAAACUGCUGUCAGUGACCUGGUACAGAUGAGAGCCAAGACAGGAGGAGGAGCAGAGGAUAUGUUGACAUCUAAAAUAGAUGAGUUGAUAGCACAAACCAGAGAGAAGCAGGCAGCCACUCUGUCAGAAGUGACAUGGAGGGGGCGGACAAUGCCAGUCAAGUUCGAGCAAGUCCGAGGUUUCCUACUUAGUCUGCAGGAGAGUGCUGCAGAACUGGCAUCUGCAGAAACAACUGACAGCAAAGUGUCUGUGUAUGAAAGACUUUUGAAGGACUGUGUGGAAGCUCUUCAGGUUCUACGAGAUGAACUGAAGGAUGACCAGAACUUUAAACUGGUACAAAGAGGACAGAAGGCUGAAGGGAAGGUAUCUAACCUGCUGUUUCUGCACACAUACCUGGUCUAUAUACGUCUCACCAAGACAGUAGAGAGAAAUCUCCUGAUGAUUGAUACUCUCAAACAAAACCUACCUGGCUCAGCCACAUUUGAUGAGAAUAAAAAGGUCACCAAACCUCAGGACUUAGUCAGAUUUUAUGAAAUUAUUAUCCAGAACUUGUCGGAAAUUCCAAACCUGCCUGGAGUAGAAGAAGAUGCAAGUCUAGGUCACGAAGUUGAAGUAGAAACAUUAGCAUAUAAAGCUUUUAGGUGUUUUUAUGUAGCUCAGACUUAUGCAGUAGGAAAGAAAUGGCCAGAAGCACUGGCCUUGUAUGAAAAAGUUGAGAAAUAUAUCCAGGCAGCUCUUUCAGGUUACAAAGAGAUGAAAGGAGAUCAAGCUAAAAGAUUUAAGGAUGACCUUGCUAGACUUCAGUCACUUGAGCAGCAGGUGAAUAGUGCUAAGUACGAGUGUCAAGCCUCUAGUAUCCUCAACAUGGGAGACCUCACGGACCAGAUGUCUGCUGUCUCUGUCAGAGAUAUUGCUAAAAAGCCUUUAAUUGAGCGUCUAGACGAGUAUGUAGAUGAUCCAGGAUUGCGAAGUAAGAAGCCUAACCUUGUAUCAUUCCCACCAGACUUCCAACCAGUGCCAUGUAAACCACUGUAUUUUGAUCUUGCUCUGAAUCACGUGGAGUUCCCUGACCUGGAGCACAAGCUGGAGCAGCAGAAACAACAGAAGAAGGGAAUCACAGGCAUGGUCUCCGGGUGGUUCAGCUGGGGGAAGAAGUAACUUCCUCACCUCACAUUCUAAGAUUUCUUUUGGAAACAGAAGUGGAAAAAGUUUUUUUUUCUUUGACACCCCUGAGUACCACAAGAGACUGUCAUUUAUUUUUAAAGACAAAUAUACAUUUUUUGUCCACAUGAUUGCUGUGGAAUGUACCUUUGUGGCAUGAAAUGGUGGAACCCCGAAAGUAUUAGAAAUGGAAGGGAAAGAUGACUGUGCUUCUCUGUCCUUUUCAUUUUGACAAAUUGAUAUUCUGCUAUAAAAAUAUAUGCCAUCAGUUAUUUAUUUAUGAUGAAAAUUUUCAUCAGUUCCUUGUUCUGGUUUUAAGUUUAUCAGGCAUAUCUUACUAUGGGUGGAGGUUGAUUAGUAAUUAAGACAGAUGUGAUGAAACACUAAUUCAAGGGGAAACAUUUUAGGUUCAACACGUUUCUUUAGUCUGUGAAUUUUACAAGUAUUUUAAUUGUUCACUUUUUUAUGUAAAGUUCAUGCUGUAACGAUUCUCGUUUUUGAUAAAUCUGCAUAUUAGAAGGGUGACGACCCAUUUGCUAGAAAUGUAUCAAGUGAAUGUAUUUCAUAAAAAAAUAAAACCAUCAAAACCGUUUGAA